AUGGUGCUGACUUGGAGAUUGCUCAAAAAUCGAUUACCAACUUGCGACAACUUGAAGAGAAGAAUGGUGUUGACAGAUGAAGGUGAAUGUGGCUGCAAUGGAUGCUUGCAACAACUUGAGACUGCUCACCAUGCAUUUCUUCAGUGUCCAAAGACAACUAAAGUGUGGGAUGGCAUCUUGGAGUGGCUGGGGAUUAAUUUUGUUCCUCCUCAAGGGGUUGCUGAUCACUUUGCUCAAUUCUCACAUCUUUGUGUUAACAAACGCUCAGAAAACUUCCUCAUGGCAUUAUGGAGCUGCACCUGCUGGUUGAUCUGGAAAUGGCGUAAUGAAAGCCGGUGGGAAGGCAAGACUUGGGAGAUUCCGAAAGCGAUCAUGGAAAUAAAGGCAAGGAUGUGGAGCUGGAACAAAAUCUUUAAAAUUAUUGAGGUUGAUGUGAGCUUGGCUUGUUGGAUGAACUGUAAGCUUUCUUGUUGGCUGUUGUAA